CGACGCGCGAGCCAGGAGAGCCCAAAAAGGCAAAGGAGCUUCUCGCCAGUAGCCGCGUCGACGAAUCAACGGUGCCUACUGGCGUGCGAGAGCUCGCACGACAACUGACUCGAAAUUCCUGCAACGUUUCGCCGUCGCUCCACGAAAACUCAAAACGAACGCCGGGACGCCGUCGCCGAAACACGAUUUGUUACACGAAUGGUGGCUUAACUACUCUCUCCUGAAUGGUGGCGCACACAGGCUCAAGCGCAUGUUCUCGUCGAGCAAGAAGCUCUCGGCGAGCUCGCUACCGUCGCUCCGAGACGAGACUUCUCGCGUACACGCGCACGCUCAGUCGCCGGGCCGCGGCGCCGCGAUCGCGCUGCAAUUCGGCGCCACGCACGAGCCCCGCGUCGCCGCCACCGCGGCCCUGAGCGUCGCGCGCGACGGCGGCUUCGCCAAAGAGAAAUUACUAUUUUCGUCCUCCACCUGCCCCGACGAGAUCUGCUGCGCCAAGGCCUGGGAGCCGCUGUUUGAUAAUGGGGUGUUGCCGGCGUUCCGCCUGGGCGGCUUGGCCGGGCUUCCGUUCGCGGGCGCGACGGGUUUCAGAGCCUAUGCGUCGCACGCGCCCGACGGCGGCGGUCUAUUCGUCUUCUACGGCCCGCACGUCGGCGUGAGCUCGGACGGCGCGCGCAUCGGCGCCGUGGCGAGAGAGGGCCAGGCCAAGGAGAGCGGAGCGUGCGGGGCCUGCGUCGGCGCCUUGGCCUGGGCGCGGCAGCAGACGUGCCAGCCGUGUGUCCAACCGGCGGACGCGCCGGGCGACUACCAGAUGGCGUGCGUGAAGCAGGCCGUCGUAAGACACCUCCCGGCGAUCGACGCGACCGAGGGGAAAGACGAGGUCGCCGUGCUGUGUGACAAGCUCUGCGACGACAUCCGCGCCGGUUUACUGGAAGCAAUAGACAAGGCGUGCCCCGGGCAACCCGCCUAUCUAUUGGGAGGCAUCCAAAUCAACGGCCCCACGGAAGGGCCGGAGCUGCUCGCGAUCCGCCACUUCGAGCUCCGCGCGCCGGACGGCACGCUGACGGAUAAGAUGGCCGCGCUCGAGCGGGCGCUCGACCUGCAGGUGAAUGGGUUCAACUGA